AUGAACAGCUUCGACGAAACUCGGCCGACGAGCCAGGGAAGUCCCGAUGACGCCCAGAAGGCAGCAGCCAGUCUUGACGCUCAUGCUUCACGUAUUCGACGCCGCAAUAGGAUGAUUACAUCUUGUCUGGAAUGUCGACGACGAAAGCUCAAAUGUGAUCGACUCCACCCAUGUACUAACUGUGCUAAGGGGAAACGUGACUGCGUCUUCCUCGCUCCUUCACUUGACUCUGCGACUCGGUUAAAACUGGCGGAACUCAAGGAACGUAUGGGUACGCUAGAACGUUCCCUUGAAAAGGAGGUUUCGAAGCCAUCUCAGAUCGCGGAAGGUGAUUUACUUGUUGGCUCGAGACCUUCAGCGUCGGAAUCACCUGCACCGAUUUCAGAAGACGAAUUUCUUUUACAACCCACGCGUUUAGCCUUGAUGGACGCCAUGUAUGAAGAUGAAGCCGACGACGUCAUGGUCGACUUGGGUGUUCAAGUAGGAAACAUGCGGGUCACCGAUCGUUUGGGAGGUUUCGUACGUCCGAGGCUGGCAGAAGAAAUCGCUGCUGCAAUGCAGCUAGAGGAGCAGCAAGAUCCGGCGAAGCGUGAUAUCCCGGUAGAUGAUGGCAACGAAGUGUUAAGAUUGCUCGAACUUGCAAAUCAAGGAGUCCAACUCCCAUUCUUGGAUCCGGGUCCAUCAUUCAUCGCCCCUCGCUCUGAUAUGUUGCUUGGAUCGAGCUUGCAAGAGUACACUUUGCUUGAUCUGUUGCCUUCCAAAACGGUGGCAGAUAAGCUUCUCCAACAGUAUUGGGAAGCUUGCCAUCCAGUUGCGAGGAUUGUCCACCGCCAGUCACUUGAAGCGAGAUAUAGGCUUCUAUGGGAUAAUAUUGCUCGUGGUAUCGAACCGACUCCGUCCGUUCAAGCUAUUAUAUUCGCGACACUGUUUACCGCAGCCGUCAGCAUGACCGCCGAGGAUGUAUUGACUUCGUUUGGUGUGGAUCAACGUAGCCUUAUCGAACGGUUUCAACUCGGAACAGAGUCCGCUCUUGGGAAAGCCCACUUUUUGCGCUCCACUAAAAUUGAAACAUUACAGGCUUUUGUCAUGUACCUGAUUCCGAUGUGCCGUGAGACAAUUUCUAGAGCGCAUUCCGCUCUGGUUGGAACGGCAAUUAGACUCGCUGAGUGCAUGGGCCUACAUCGUGAUCCUUCCGAAUACAAUUACGGCCCAGUCGAAACACACAUACGCCGCCUGAUUUGGUAUCAACUAUGCUUCCUUGACCUUCGUACUGCGGAAGUUCAGGGGCCCCGUGUGGCAAUUCGCAGCGAAGACUUUUCUACAAAAUUCCCCCUGAAUAUCAACGAUGCGGAUCUCAUAGCUGGCAGAAUAGAGGAGUCCAGGGAGUGGACAGACAUGACUUUUGCGUGCUUACGUUUUGAAUCUCAAGAGCUUAUUCGUGAGACAUUCGUCGACAGAAUUCGUCUCGAACAGAAAACAUUGAGUGUCACCGGCGCUAUAGGAAAGGUGGAAACAGCUCGCAGACACAUGUACGAGAAAUACGGCCCCAUCUUCAACAGACCAAACCUCACGCCCGUUCAAUACGCUGCAUCUGUGACCCUGUCUUUCAUGAUGCAUCGGCUACAUAUCAUACUACUGAAUAAGUUCUAUAACAGCUGGCAGGCAAAAAUGCCGGACCGUUUGGUUCAGUUGAUUAUCAAUACUGGCGCUCAACAGCUAGAGGAUGCCGUGACUCUUGAGACAUCUCCAGAUUUGCGACCGUGGAUAUGGUAUAGUCGUGCCUAUCAUAACUUUCAUACGGCUUUCUUGCUCCUAGUUGACGUUACAACUCACCCUCUUCGCCGUGAAGCGGAUCGAAUUUGGAGAUGCUUGGACUACGUGUACGAGAUAAAGGAUGACUAUCCACAACAAAACCUGACCAGAGGACAAAUUAUAGAGCAUCGGCGCAAAAAGUCUCAUAUGAUCAUGUGUCAAUUCCGUGAUCGAAUGCGAGUUUAUCAGGCGUUAAGAAAGAUCAAAACUUCUGCAGAUGUCGAUGAGAUAGUGUUGACUAAAUCUAUAUCUGCAUCUCCUAUACCGUCUGACUCGGUAGCGGAAAGUGUUGAUGCAAUGGUCAGUUUCAAGAUGGAACCUCUCACCUUGCUGCCCAGUGAAGCCUCUCAGAAAAAGGCCCGUGCGCUCGUGUCUCAGUCUUCAUAUUCUUCUCAAUACCAAAACGUCGGGAAUAUCAUUACGCCAGAGCCUCAACCUAAAAGCCAGGACUAUGCACCAGCCCAGUUCGGAUCACAAAUGCCUUCAGGUCUGGGAGGUUUCUCUGGUUUCGAUACCCUGCAUUCUUCGUGGCUACCCACUACCCCAGACGUGUCUGCUGGAGCAGCUACCCAACCCAAUUGGAGGAUCUCUCCUCCCAGUUCCGAAGAUCUACCGAUGCCUGAAGUUGAUUGGACCGAAUGGGACAAGAUGUUUCCGCCUCACCUGAAUGAUGGAAACCUCGAUUUCCCACCACAGACAUUAUCGGUAACUAUGCAAUAUGAAAUGGAUCCGAAUACAGCUUCUAUGAGUUCAUAUUCAUCAUUCAAUUCGAAUUACUUCGGGCCUCGGCAAUAA